AUCAGUGUAAACGUUGCAUUGAUUGACUUUUAAAUAUUUUUCUAAACCAAAUCGCCGAGAAAUGUCACUAAAAAAAUAUGACAAGCGAAUUUUGUUAACUGGUGGGGCCGGAUUUAUUGGGUCACACAUGGUCAUUCACCUGGUCAACAAAUACCCUAACUACCUCGUCAUAAAUUUAGAUAAAUUAGAUUAUUGUGCGAGUCUGAAGAAUUUAGAAUGCAUCAAAGAGAAGCCGAACUAUAAAUUCAUCCAAGGCGACAUCUGUGAGCCAGAUUUUAUGAGGUACAUACUGCAAGAGGAAGCCAUUGAUACUGUCCUCCAUUUUGCCGCUCAAUCUCAUGUAGACCAAUCAUUUUGGAGUUCUUUGGACUUCACCCGAACAAAUGUCUACGGCACUCAUGUCCUGGUGAAUGCAUCGUACGAAGCUAAAGUCAAAAGGUUCAUUCACAUCAGUACGGAUGAGGUCUACGGAGGAAGUAGUGAAUGUACGAAUACAGAAUCCUCAAAAAUGAAGCCAACCAAUCCGUAUGCAGCUACGAAGGCGUCUGCCGAGUUUAUGGUCCAAUCAUAUUUUGAGUGUUUCAAAUUCCCGGCCAUCAUCACGAGGUCCAAUAAUAUCUAUGGUCCCCACAAAUACCCUGAAAAUGUCAUUCCAAAGUUCAUCUGCCUGCUGAAGAACGGCAAGAAAUGUUUCAUCCACGGCGACGGCAGCUCCGUGCGCAACUUCCUUUACGUUUCCGACGUCAUAGCCGCUUAUGAUGUCAUACUGCACAGGGGUGUGCCGGGCGAGAUUUACAACGUCGGGUCGGACUUUGCCAUCUCCGUCAUGAAGUUGGCUGAAUAUCUCGUUAAAAAGAUGAAAGGGUCAACGGAAAAUGUCCUAGACCACGUGGAGUUCGUGGAUGACCGCCCCUUCAAUGACCACAGGUACAGCAUGGACUCCACGAAGAUGCAUGCCCUCGGCUGGCGGCCGAUGGUCACGUGGGAAGAGGGGAUCAGUGGGACCAUAGCUUGGUAUAGGGAGAACUUCAACAAUUGGUCGUACGCUGAAGACGCCCUGAGACCCUUCCCACGAGGGUCAAACACCAUGCAAUUGGGUCACACCUCCUCAUUGGCUAAGAGCUUCUGACUUGGCCUACAUAUGACCUUUUGACCUUUAUAUGUGUGCGUCUGUCUAUGCCUGCGUUCAUGUGUUUGUGAGGAUGUGUUUAACCCUACCCUAUGCAAUUUGGUCACACAUUAUUGAAACAUUAUUGUUGGCUGACGUUUUAUACCUUAUGUGUUUGUUUGUUUGUGUGUGUGUUGUUGUGUGUGUUUGUUUCAAAACAUUGCUUGAUUAUAAUUUUAAACAAACAUGUUCAAGUGCUAUGGUUUUAUUUCUUAAUUCGGGUUGUACUUUUUUCUUCGUCCCAGCUUCUAAGUUAUUUUCUAAAUAUAUAUAAACACAUAUAUAAUGAUAUUUAUUAUUUAUUUGUUAGAUAUGUAAUUAUAUGCUAGCUGGUCAUAAUCAUUGUCAUAUUAAAAAUAAUUAUUUAGCAAUAUUUAGUAAAAUGUUU